UAAACGAACAUUUAUACGAACAUGUUUUCGAGUCUCUCUAUAAAAUAUCAGGCGCCGCCAUUGCCAAAUUGUGUCCAGUCCCCUUUGAGUGCAGUCCGAGUUUCUACAGAAGGUUUUAAUCAAUCUUGUUCUUAUCAAUCUAGAUUUGAUAAUUUAGGUGUCCGCUGUCAGACAAGAUUCACCGCAAUGCAGGAAGAGAUCGGUAGGUCUGGUAGUCCCAGGUUGAAAAUUCCACAUGUUCUGACUGUUGCCGGUUCCGAUUCGGGCGCCGGUGCCGGGAUUCAAGCCGACCUGAAGGCUUGUGCUGCCCGAGGAGUCUACUGUUCGACAGUCAUAACUGCUGUUACGGCACAGAAUACAGUUGGGGUUCAGGGGGUGAAUAUUAUGCCAGAAGACUUUGUUGAGGAGCAGUUGAAAUCAGUGCUCUCUGACAUGGACGUGGAUGUUGUGAAAACAGGCAUGAUUCCUUCUAUUGGCAUAGUUGAUGUUCUUUGCCAAAGUCUGAAGCGAUUCCCAGUUAAAGUUUUGGUGGUUGAUCCUGUGAUGAUAUCUACCAGUGGAGAUGUUCUUGCUGACCAAUCAGUUCUUACAAAAUUUUGGGAUAAGCUUCUUCCCAUGGCUGAUGUUGUGACCCCGAACCUAAGGGAGGCAUCCACUUUACUUGGUGGCUUGCAAUUAGAAACAUUGGAAGACAUGCGUAAAGCAGCAAAAUCUAUACAUGCUAUGGGCCCGAGGAAUGUGCUUGUCAAAGGAGGUGAUCUGCCUGCUUCAUCAGAUGCUGUUGAUAUAUUCUAUGAUGGAAAUGAUUUUUAUGAGCUUCGCUCCCCACGUGUAAGAACACGAAAUACUCAUGGUACUGGAUGCAGUUUGGCUUCAUGCAUAGCAGCUGAGAUAGCAAAAGGUUCUUCAAUUUUAUCAGCAAUCAAGGUAGCUAAACGUUACAUUGGAACUGUCUUAGAGUACAGUAAAGACAUAGGCCUUGGGAAAGGGCUUCAGGGUCCUUUUGACCAUCUACUUAAGUUGAAGAGCAAUGGUCAAAAGCCACGGCCUUUUAAUCCAAGUGAUCUUUUCCUGUAUGCUGUAACUGAUUCAAGGAUGAAUAAGAAAUGGGGAAGAUCUAUUGCAGAUGCUGUUGAAGCUGCAAUACAAGGUGGUGCCACCAUUAUCCAGCUAAGGGAAAAGGACGCUGAAACAGGGGAUUUUGUGGAAAAAGCCAAAGUUUGUGUGGAAAUUUGUCAUAGACAUGGUGUUUCUUUGCUGAUAAACGAUCGAAUUGAUGUUGCUCUUGCUUCUGACGCGGAUGGUGUUCAUAUUGGUCAAAGUGACAUGCCCACAAAUGUGGCUCGGUCAAUUCUCGGGCCUGAUAAGAUCAUAGGCGUGUCAUGCAAGACCCAUGAGCAGGCUCAUCAAGCUUGGAUCGGUGGUGCAGAUUACAUCGGCUCUGGGGGUGUUUUUCCAACAAAUACAAAAGAAAACAACAGAACAAUUGGCUUGGAAGGGUUAAAGUCAAUAUGCCUUGAAUCCAAAUUACCCGUGGUUGCCAUUGGUGGUAUUGGUAUUUUGAAUGCAAGGUCGGUUAUGGAAAUUGGAGCACCGAAUCUAAAAGGUGUUGCAGUUGUUUCCGCUCUUUUUGACAGGGAAAAUGUUUUUGCUGAGACCUUCAAAUUGCAUUCCUUGCUCAAUGAGAUCUGAGAAAUAUUAUCAUAAUUUUAAGGAUAUAUCAAAUAUGAUAUUCCAACAUUUCCUCCUAGAAUACUAUGUUUUUUUUAUGAUACAGAACUUUUUAAUAUAAUUUUAUGUUAA